AUGCAAGCUAGUGAAAAAUCCUUGCCUGAUGAAUAUAAGACAAGUGAUGAUGUUACAGCUCAAGCUUAUAAGAAAUUGGAGAAGUUGAGGAAUGACAAAGAAAGGAUUAAGACUUGGAGUGAGAAUAUUAAGAAUUUAGCUAAUAAUCUUGGCGCAGCUCCAAAACAGUUGAGUAAAGACAGCUCAAGUAAUAAAUACAUUGGAAAACUAAGUAAUAAUUCAAUACAUGCGGGUACAAACCAAUCUACAUCUCCUAAAAUUGAAAAUAUCAAUAUACAAACCUCAUCGCUGGACAAAAGGAAAACUGAAGAUCUAGCUAAAGGAGUUUUAUGUGAAUUUCAAAAAAAAUCUGAACAACAAAUUGAGGUACUUCUCCAAGAAAAAAGCAAAAUUGAAUCUAUUUGUGAAGAAUUGCAAAAUAGGUAUAAUCACCUCAUAUUAAGAUAUGAAGAAGUAGCUGAACAGAAAGAAUCAUUUAAAGAAGCAUUCAAGGCUAAAGUGGCUGAAUACAAAAAGUUGCAGGAGGAGCAUGAUGGAGUACAAAGUCUGUUAGUAGUAGGGAACCGUGCACAAGAAGAACUAUAUCAGACUCAAAAAGAAUAUCAACUGAUUUUAGGUAGACAAAAUAUUGAGUAUGCAAGAGUGAAAAAACAGUUAGAUCAAGCUGAAUCUGAAAUGAAGAGUAUGCAAGAAAAACUUAGCUCAUUAGAAAGUGAAGUCACUGGUAAAAGUAAGAAGAAUGAAGAAAUUAUGAGGUCAAAUGAAGAACUACAAAGUAAAUUUGAAGCUCUAUCGAAGUCUCAUCAAGAGUUGGAGAAUGAGGCUCGAAAAAUGCAGCAACAACUAGAUAUAUACAUUUCGCUCUCUCAAUCCAAAUCUAUGGUUGAAAAAAUUGCUAAAUAUCUGGAAAAUCUUAUAAUUAAAAGGAAUGAGACAAUUAGGGAGAUUCUUGGGGAUAUGACAAGUUGUACGGAAGCUUUAACUAUGGAAGUGGCACAUACUCGUACCGACCUCGAUGAAGUCGAAAACAGUAUACAGAAGUUCAGUAACACUUUAAUGUAUUUUAGAAAGGAUGUUAUAAUAGAUGAGCAUAAAAGAAUUGACGAGUCGAAAAACUUAAUCAGUAAAUUAGAAAAGAAUAUAAUUGAUGAUAAAAAAAAAAUUCUUAAACAGAGAAAAGAGUUAUUCCAUUGCAUUGGAAGACCAGGAUCCCCAAUAGAACCUAGUUCAGUAUUUCAGAUUAGAAAUGGAUCUAUUCUGCAUAAAUAUAGUGGCAGAUAUGGAAAACUGAGCAAAUGUUAUUGUAGAAUGAUUAGCUCAUCCUUUGAGUACACUACAUCUAAUAGAUCUUUCAAGUCAAUUAAGCUUGAAGACAUAGUUGGUCUUGACUAUGGUUACACUUCCAAUUCAUAUAUUCGUCAAUUUUAUAAAGGCGGGUUUUCAUUUUUCCUAAAAAAAUCUCAAGUAGAAGUCAAUGAGGACUCAGAGCCUAAAUAUCAACCAUGGCUAUGUUUCACACUUAGAGUAUUAGAAAAUGGCAAUAAUAAAUUUAUAGAUUUCGUUGCACCAAGUUCCCAGUCAAUAGCAUCAUGGGUUGUUGUAAUUGGACAAUAUGUAUCAUAUAUACAUAGAUCUCAUAAGUUGUUCUCUUACAACUUUAUAAGAUCAAGAACCGAAUUUAUUAUUGUUACAGUAAGAAUGAAGCUGAUGUACAUAUGUUUUUCAAGAAAUCUUAGUCUUGAACAACUGUUCAUGAUCACAAUUUACACAUGUUGCAUACGGAAUCCACAGCUUAUUAGAAAUAAUUCUGCUUGGAAGAAGCUAAAAAUUAGACAAAAAUAUAUCGCUAUUAAAAAAGGCCUAACUUAA